CCACCAAAAACACACACACACACACACAGCCCGCGCGUGGGAUUGUGGGUGCCCGGGUUGCCCGCCGAGGCGCGCGCGGAUCGAAGGUUCGGCGGAGAGCAGGAGGAGGGCGACAGAAGAGACAUCUUUUUUAAAGCGUUGAGAGUGAACAUAUAUGCAACACACACACACACACACACAUAUAUAUAUAUAUCUAUCUAUACAUAUAUAUAUAUACCUACACGUCCCUGCCGUUAUUAUUUCUUUUAUUUUAUAUAUAUAUAUAUAUAUAUAUAUUUUUUUUUAACCUCUACAUGCACGCCCGACGUACCUGAAUUUGUAAACGACCAUGUCGGUGAGGGAAACCUUCAAUCCGGAGCACUACGAGUUGGAUAAAAAUUUCCGCCUGACCCGCUUCGCCGAGCUGAAGGGGACGGGGUGCAAAGUGCCGCAGGAUGUCCUGCUCAAGCUGCUGGAGGCCCUGCAGGAGAAUCACUACCAGGAGGACGAGCAGUUCCUGGGGGCAGUCAUGCCCCGUCUGGGUAUUGGGAUGGACACAUGUGUUAUUCCCUUAAGACAUGGUGGACUUUCUCUGGUUCAGACAACAGAUUAUUUUUAUCCCAUUGUUGAUGAUCCUUAUAUGAUGGGUCGUAUUGCUUGUGCCAAUGUUCUAAGUGAUCUUUAUGCCAUGGGUGUCACAGAGUGUGACAAUAUGUUGAUGCUGCUUGGAGUCAGCAAUAAAAUGACAGACAAGGAGCGGGACAAAGUAAUGCCACUAAUAAUACAGGGUUUUAAAGAUGCAGCAGAUGAGGCAGGUACAUCAGUUACUGGUGGACAAACGGUAUUAAACCCUUGGAUCAUUUUAGGAGGUGUGGCCACUACAGUCUGUCAACCGAAUGAAUUCAUCAUGCCAGACAAUGCAGUACCAGGCGAUGUUUUGGUACUAACGAAACCACUUGGGACUCAAGUAGCAGUUGCUGUGCACCAGUGGCUUGAUAUUCCGGAAAAAUGGAAUAAGAUUAAGCUUGUUGUCACUCAAGAGGAUGUGGAGUUGGCUUACCAGGAAGCAAUGAUGAAUAUGGCGCGUUUGAACAGAACCGCUGCUGGCCUUAUGCACACCUUCAAUGCACAUGCAGCCACAGAUAUUACAGGCUUUGGGAUUCUUGGGCACGCUCAGAACCUGGCAAAACAGCAAAGAAAUGAAGUGUCAUUUGUUAUCCAUAACCUGCCUGUCCUUGCUAAAAUGGCAGCUGUGAGCAAGGCAUGUGGGAAUAUGUUUGGGUUGAUGCAUGGCACUUGCCCUGAAACCUCAGGAGGCCUUUUGAUCUGUCUUCCAAGGGAACAAGCAGCUCGGUUUUGUGCAGAAAUAAAAUCACCAAAAUAUGGCGAAGGUUAUCAGGCAUGGAUAAUUGGGAUAGUGGAGAAGGGCAAUCGUAGUGCCAGGAUCAUAGACAAACCACGGAUCAUCGAAGUAGCUCCAACAGUUGCAACACAAAAUGUCAAUCCAACUCCUGGUGCCACAUCUUAAAAGAAAAAAUGCACAUAAAAAAGAUGACAUUUAUUGCAGUUCUGAUGCCAUCCCAAGCAACUUUGUAAAUUUAACUUGUCUGCCUAGUGUCGGCCUUUUGGCAGAUCAUGCGUGGAUAUAAAAAUAAAUCCAUUGCCUUGUUUUUCUGUUACAUUAACUGAAGAUGCACCUAAUACUAAGGCAGCUUCUAAGUUGAGAACUUAAUAUCCAAUACUGUUGAUUCAUUUUGAAUCUUUAGACACUUACUGUCUGUGCCGCAUAGGCUCUCUUAAAGUGCUUCAUGUAGAGCACAUCUUACCAACGGCAGUGCAGCAGCAUUUCAUUUGUCUGGUCACUAUAUUAGAUGAAAACUACUUGUCAGCAAAUUUGUUGCCUUGAAAGCUUUUCAGAAAGAGUUACAGUUGUUAUAACGAUUAAUGGAAUGCAGCAGUUUGCAUGAUUUCAUUUGGUCUUUGGUUUGUAAUGUUUUUUCACACACAGUUAAGAUGUAAUGUUAGUGUUGACUUUACUCAGUUGAUCUGUCUGUAAAAACGAGUAGGUCCCCUGUGCUAUAUCCGCAUGGCCAGCACUUCACCUGGAAGAGAAAUAUUUCUUUCCAAUAUGGUAAAUCUUAAACAAAAUGUUAUCAUGGUAUGUUUUCUAUUAUUUUGUAGCAAACACAGAUGUAUGUGCUAGUUUACACUGUGGUUCACUGUUUUAUCAUGCAGAAAAUGUUGCAGACCAAACGAAAGGCUACUGUAAAAUACUCUAAGAUUGAAGCUCAGAUUGAACUACACUAUGACUUUUUUAAAAUAUAAUAAUCAAUUAUGUUGACAUUAUGUGCUGUGGUUAUUAGUGUUUAAUACAUUUUAUAUUUUGUAAAGUGAUAUCUGCAUCUGCUUUUCUAUAAAUACAAAUAAUCUUUAGCAUAAUGCUGCUUAGCUUUUAUUUUUUUAAUUAUGCUCUAUUGAUUCCCUGCUAUUCUGUUGAACUUGAUUUAUAUUGCCGGUGUCACAUCUUGAAGUUUAACGUAAUAUUCUGAUGAAUAUUUGAAGUUUUUCCUCUUCUCCCCACCCUCCUCCUGCCUUCUUGUAUGUUACUUUAUUUGUAAGCACAUGCCUUUGUUUCUGUAUUGUAUAUGUUAAAAGUGUAUUAAGACUGGGAUUUUGUUACUUGGGGCCUUUUAUUUGCUGCUUCACCACCUCCCCUUCCCAAUAGAAAUUUCACAUAGCACAAUAACCCAGUUUAUUAAAUUGGAGAUUUGUUGAAAUGGUUGUUGAUUUUAUUUUUCCUAUCUCCCUACCACUCUCGCAUUAAGUUAUUUUGAUUAAUUUGUUCAUUAUGGCAAUUUUCAGCAACGCAGUAAUGCAGCAACGCAGUAAUGCAAUAAAAUAGCUGUGACUUGGGCUGGUUCAGAAUUCCAUGUAGAGCUUUUUGAGCAGAACAGAUUUAUUUGUUCUAAUGUGUGCUAACUUCAUGGUGAAGUAUGUAUUGUGUCUGUGUUUGUACAUCCAUAUUUGAGAACUUGGGUCCUUAAGAAAUUGAAUAUUUUAAGUUCUUUUUAAAAAACAGUUCUCUUCAAAUAGAAGGGUAUUGCUGUCUAUGUGCUCUGAAGUUUUCUAUGACAUCUGUUAAUGUCCUGCCAUGAACAACUGAAGGGUGUCUCUGUAAUAGCACAAGGUUACUUCGCCUAUUUGCUCUACCAUUAUUAUUAUUUCCCUAAAAAAGUGAUAAGCCUGUCCUAUGAUAGCAACGAUAGGCACCCAAAAAAGACUUUUCAAGCUCUCCAGAAUUAACAAAAUGUAAGCAAACAGAUAGCCAAGUGGAAAAGAAAUAAUACAGGAUCAACACAUGGCAAAUGUGAAACUAGAUGCUUACAUCAGUUUUUGCAUGAGGUGUUAACAAAUUUAGGAUCUAGUUGUUUAUUCAACAUCCUCUGCACCUUUCUGGGAUUUUCAGGUGUACCAUACCUCUGGGAAAGCACACGUGGGGGCAAAUGUGAUCUGUUUUUUGAUGUCACUAAGCACUGAUGUCAGAUGACACUGAACCCAUUUGUGGGAGAGAGUUUGCAUUUCCUCAGUUAGGUAAAAUGGUAAUAUUUCAGGUACAGCCCAUCACCUGUUCUGUCAAAGUGUUAUUCCUGAAUGGUUAACAUUUUUCUUAUUUCUCCACAGAUGCUACCUUCCCUUUGUUUCCAAUUUCCAGUAUCUAAAGUGUUUUGCUUUUAAGGAACAAUGCUGCAUGCUCCUAGUAUAGCCCAUUUAGUGAGUUAAUCAUGAUACAAAUCUCUUGAGUAUUAUUUUAAACUUUUAUGGAUCAUUACAUUGAUUUUAUUCAUAGUUUGUUUUUUUAAAACUUGUGCAUUGAUGCAACUGGUGUUUUUCUGGUUGACACCCAUGGGUUGGAACUGUUUUCAUAUUUUAAUUUUUUGAAUCUUGUAAUUCUCAAGUUAGUGCCAGUUUGCUGCUUGCAUGGUACCAGUCAAUAUCUUUCAGCACACCUUGUCCAAGGAAUUCAACUUUGUUCUUUACAGGUGCUGAUGGCUAUGCCUUUUAAUAUGUCAACUAAGCCAGACACUUAAAGUGGUAUUUGAGAGAACCUGAGGAAUGAAAUUAUGCGUACCAUAAUUUUUAAGCAAAAUUGAAAAGAAGUUGGUGCAGCUUUAUUUAUUUUUUUGAUCUUCCAAAAUAACUGAGGACUGCAGCAGACUGAAUGCUGCCUCAAUUUUUUUAAAAGGAAUGAAGCAUGAAACCUGGGAAUUGUAGAGACCAUUUGCCUUAACAUCAGUGCUGGGAAAAAUGCCCAAGAGCAUUCCAGGGAAUGCUAUCCAUGUUCAUCUAAAUAGCGUAAAAGCUAUAGGAAAAAGUUGGUAUGAUGUUUGGUUUUUUUUUAAAAAUGGCUGUGCCUUAGAGAUCUUAAAUUCUGGGUAGGUUUUUUUGAGAAGGGUAAUCCAGUAGAUUCUCCAUUGUAUAAUUUUGCUUGCUAUUAAUACUGCAGUUCUUGAAUCUAAUAGUAAAAUUACCUUUUAAAAAUCAACCUAACCUUUCUUUGAAGUUUCUCAAAUAGAAUCUGUGAAAGGUAAUCUAGUGGAUUCAGAUCUACUUGUUUUCUGAAAAAGGUAAAGUUUUAAAGAUAAAAAGAAUCUAUACAAAGCAUUAAGACUGAAUCCUACCUCCUGUUUGAAGAGAACCACAUUUAAAGUGGAUGAUCCAGAAGCCGUCUAGUGGCAGUGAAUCUACACCAUCUGGAUGUAAGCAUCUAUUGAGAAUAAAUACAGAAUUGUUCUUAGCAAUUUGUUUCAAUUUACAAAAAAGUCAGCCUCCUUUGUAAGCUUAGGAGCAGCUGGAUAAAGGACUGCAGCAACCUGCAUAGGAGUUCUGGCAAGCCAAAUGUUUAAAAGGUUUUUUUGUCUGAAAUAAGCUGCUUAAAAGACCAGUAUUUUGUUGAAGAUUUUGGAAAACCAAAUGCUGGCAGUUUGCUCCACGUUGAGCUUCAAGCACCUUUGUAAAUCAAGAGACCAAAUAAAGAGUGGAAAAGAUUGUACUUAUCACUAAUUCUGAUCUCAAAUAAAAUCUGAAAAUUGUGGUCACAAA